CCCGCCGCGGCCGGCUCGGGAUCGCAGUCACGGCCCCCGGGGACCGCGGAGCUCCUUUUCGGCGCUCACGGCUCCACGUCGAACCCGCUGGGUUCCUCCUCGGCAACUUGAGCGCAACGUUCUCUCGCCGUGGUUCUCCUCCUUUCGAGAGCCGCCUCGGCCCUUACUCUCCCCUUUUUUCUUGGAUGUGCGUGGUUCCCUAACUUCUCUUCUAAAAUGAGCAAUCAUCUACAGAGGGUCGUCCUGAAACCCACAGAGGAGAAUUCAGGCAACGCCUCGCACUGUGUUUCAGGCUGCGUGUACCAAGUAGUUCAGACGAUUGGCUUGGAUGGAAAAAAUCUUCUGCAAUUGCUUCCAAUUCCUAAUUCUUCUGGAAAUACUGUACCACUAGUUCAAUCUUCAGUCAUGUCUGAUGCUUUAAAAGGGAACACAGGAAACCCAGUUCAAGUUACUUUUCAGACCCAGAUUUCCAGCUCUUCCAAAAGUACAUCAGUUCCAUUGUCCAUUUUCCAGCCAGCCAGUUCUUCAAACUAUCUUCUUCCAAGAACAGUAGACACGGCAGAAAAAGGUAGAGUUGGUAAUGUGGGAACUGAAAAUUUUACUACUUCAGCCUCUACUGUUAAGAGUCGUGCUGUAAAAAUGGAUGGACUCAACAUGCAAACCUUUGCUGUUCCUCCUUCCUCAACCCAAAAUGAUUCAUCUUACGUUGUAGUCAAUAGUCAGAGUCUUCCAAUGAAACCUUCAGUUUUGCCUUCUGGGCAUCAUUUACAGAUUCCAGCCCAUGCUGAAGUGAAAUCUGUACCAGCAUCAUCAUUGCCUCCUUCAGUUCAGCAAAAGAUACUUGGAACUGCGACCGCAAGUACCUCAGGAGCAGUGGAGACCUCCCAAAUGCCAACUGUUAUCUACGUGUCUCCUGUCAAUACAGUGAAGAAUGUAGUUACCAAAAAUUUCCAGAAUAUUUACCCAAAACCUGUUAAAGAAAUAGCAAAGCCAGCAAUGCUAAAUACUACACCAAUUCCAACAACUGUUACAACAGAGACACAGUUAAAAAGUGGUCAGCUUUCUCAACCUGCUCCAGUGAAAUUCAUUUUUCAAGAAAAUAUACAGCCUUCUACUUCAGCUCUUAUUCCUGUUAAAUCUUCAAAUAAUGUGGCUUCAAAGAUUUUAAAAACUUUUGUAGAUAGGAAAAAUUUGUGUGAUACCAUAAAUUUGCCACCAUUGAAAGUCACCAAUUCUAGUGCACCACAGUCCAUAAGUGUGCCUAUUAAAGAUAAUGCUUUGGUCAUGUUUAAUGGGAAGGUGUAUCUGUUGGCUAAAAAGGGUGCAGAUGUUCUGCUAUCACAAAGUGACCAACAGAAUUCUGUUUCUACUGAUACUCCACUAAGAAAAGAUGCAUCACAGUUAGUGAAUUCAAGUACAGUCACAGAAAUAUCCAGAGAGGUUGUAAAUAUCGUUUUGGCUAAAAGUAAAUCUUGCCAGAUGGAGACAAAAUCACUUUCAAAUAGCAACCUUGCUCCUAUGGUCAAUAUAAUGGCAGAGAAGAAUAAAAAUGUGGAGAAACCAUCUCUAUCUACCACAGAGUCAUGUAGUAUGAAUCAAUCCAAUAACUACCUUAAUCAGAGUAAGACUGUAUUUACAGAGCCAGUCUUUGCACAUGGAUUUAGUACAGGACAAAAUGCCCCCAGAAAAGAAAAUACCAUCCAGAGCAUAGAGAAAAUAAGUUCCUCUGUUGAUGCAACAAGUGUUACUUCACAACAGUGUGUUUUCAGAGACCAAGAACUAAAGAUCCAGAAUGAGAUGGCAUCGAUAUUAGAAAAGGAUACUCAAGAAAGAAAUGAAAGGAAGGAUUCUCAAGGAAGAAGUAAUAAGGCAUCAUAUCUGAAGAGUGAUGCUAAAUUUAGAAAGAUAUUUGGUAUCACCAAAGAUUUAAGAGUAUGUCUCACUCCAGUUGAUGAUUAUUUGGAUUCUGGAGAAAGUUCUGUUUCCUUUAGCAGUUCAGUGAACAGUAGUACUUUAAAGGAGACAGGCCUUAUGGUGAAAGAAGAAGAAAGAAAUCAGAAUUUUGAUAAGAAAAGAAAAUUGAAAACCCCUAAGAAGAUGGAUUAUACAAAGAGAAGAAAAACUAAGAACUCUGUAAACACAGCCAUAAAUGGGGGAGCUAAUGCCACCAGUUCCCAAUUUCUCAGCCCUGUUUUACCUACUUCAGAUGUGUUGGAGCGUGACAUUGUCACAAGUCACAGCAAAACUAGAGAAGACAAAAGAGCUGAGACAGAGCAUUGCACCAGUGAGAAACAGGAGGAGCAAGUUGUGUUGAGUUCUAAUGUAGUUUUUGAGCAAGGUCAUUCCUUUAGUAAAAAUUACACUGAAGAUAUGUUCCCAACAACACCACCAGAAUUAGAAGAAACCAUUCGAGAAGAAAAAAUAAGAAGACUUAAGCAGGUAUUGAGAGAGAAAGAAGCAGCUCUUGAGGAAAUGCGUAAGAAGAUGCACCAAAAAUAAAGUGUCCUAUACUUAAAGACUUCUGUGAAAUACCUGUUUUUUUUUUUAUGUUAUUGUUUAAAAUACAAUAGUCCCUCCUUAUUCACAGGGAAUAUGUUCCAAGGCCCCCAGUGGGUGCCUGAAACUGCAUAUAGUAUUGAACCCUGUAUACCAGCACUGUGAUCCCAGCACUGUCAGUCUGAUAGCUGAGGUGGCUGCUGCGUGACUAGUAGGUGAAUACUAUAUACAGUGUUGGUAUGCUGGACUAGGGGAUAAUUUUUCAUCACAGUAAGUAAAGCAUGAAAUUUAUACUUGUGAAUUGCUUGCUUUUGUUUAAUAUUUUUGGACCAUAAAUGACCAAGGGUAGCUUAAGCUGCAGAAGCCGCAGUUGAGGAGGGACUACUGUUAUUUUGUAUGCAUUCCAAAAGUGUGUCCGAAUAUGAGAUUUGUUCAUCUGAUUAUAACUUUGUAUUUAAGGAAUAUAGAAAAGGUUGUUUUGUGUAUAAUCUACGUGGGGUAUCUGAACCUUUGUCUUAGAUACCUUUUUCUGGAAGGAAAAGUUUUAUAUUUUUGUAUUUUAACUUGGAUUUCCCCAAGUUUAAAUAUGUGUGCAAGUUUUGUUGUAUAUUUUGCUAAAUUGCUCAGGUAUUACUUCAACAAUAAAUAGCGAAAUUUUACAACCCAAAAGAGAAAAUUGACUCUAAACUCUCCUUGGUUUUGAACAUGUACUUUUUCUAUUUCUUUACCCAUUAUUUUUCUUCUGUUUCAUGAAAGAAAAUGUAUUACAGAAGCAUUAUUUAAAUAUUUGCAUGUUUCUCAAUAGUGAUAAGUAUUUAUUUUGUUAACUUUAAGAAUAAUUUUACGUAAUUAGUCUAUUAUGUAAUUGGAAUUCAUGCUGUUUGAUAUAUUGUUUUCUUAAAGUGAUCCUAACUAAUAGUAGCUGCUACUACUAUUGCUGUUUAGAUGUAAGUACACACUUUAGUAU